ACUGUUGGUCAGAAAAUCACAACAAACAAGACUGAAGGAGGUGGUUGUCUGUCUCAUACCUCCCUUCUCUUUUAACCUCUAAGGAGACUCCAUGGAGGCCGUAUAUACCUGGAGACCUAACCCAGCAUCACCAUCAUGGCCCUAGGAGACCAAGGAAUGCAGCCUCUUCUAAUACUGGAGGACACCUGCAUACAGUUGGAUCCCCACAUUUGCUCCUAACUCGUACUGUGAAUUUUGCUGCGAAACUGAAAAUUACAAGAGUGGUGCACAUUGUGUACAUGUUAAAUGGUCUGCCGUAGAGGGCUAUUACCCAUGUCGUGGAUGUUACCUUCAGGACGAGAUGGAAGACCUCGCGCAGCUUCACCUGGCCUCCCCGCCCUCCAGCCUCACGGACGGCUUGCUAGCACCCCGAGUGUCAACCCCCCCUGUCCCACGCCCACGUAAAUCUUCGUCACUAUCCCUCAGCUCCACUCCUAAACACCCGCCCACUGCCCGACACCUGCCUGCCACGCCUCACACCAACGGCCACGAGCACCACCACACCAGAAACAGUCGAGGGUCUCACGGUAUGCAGCGAGCGCCGUCCCUCGACUCUGCCACCCACCGAGAUUUACCGCUGUCCCCCAUAACUCGGCUACGCAGCACACACAGUGACAGUGAAACAGAAGAAGACAGUAGUCCUUCUUCCCAUCGUAGGAGUUCGUCGCGUCACAACGGUCCUCAUCACCAUCAUGGUAAACACCACAAAAAAACGCAGCAGCAUUCCUACAGCCUCCCCGCCACCCCCAGAGUCAAUGGCAGCUCCCAACAGUCCAGCCUCAACGGGAACUUUCCUCUCGGCAGCUCUCCCUCUUACAGUGCCAUCCCUUACUUGCUCGCGCCUCACUCCCUCGAUCAGACCAGCUCUGAAAAUGUGUUGUCGAACAACAGCCACUACAUCACGUGCCAGACUGGUGUGAGCCACCUCGAGAACUCCGUGUUUCUGGGACAACAGAAGUGUAAGCUGACGGGUGCCAUAGAUUACAGCAGCUUGCCGCUCCCCCGCGAGGACCACGAGCCAGUGCGCAGAAGCCAGGACAUGAGCAGACACAUGAGCGAACCAUGCAUAACACAGGCCCAGAGGUGUUCUGCCAGUCUCACGUACUCCCCAAAAAAGAAGGUGACGAAACACAGAUCGCGGUUGAGUGUGUCGGGUAAAGAGAGCGGCUUCAUGGAUAACAUUAAAGAGAGUGGACAGAGUGAAGGGGAGUCUGAAGAAAUAAAUGCUUUAGAAGUUCAGUGGAGGUUUAUCCAGACAUUAGUGGCAGAACUUAAUGCUACCAAGGCUAAUAACAGAAAAUUAAUGGCAGAACUACACCAAGCCAAGAUGGAGAUACAGGUGUUGAAGGCCUCACUAGACUCUUACACUGAGAGUGGUCUUCAGCCUGGAGCCAUAGCAGAAAUGGUCGGUCAGAUCCACGCUGCUCAGAAGGUACGAGAUGAGGCCAUGAUGUCGAGAAUCAAGCUGGCCAAUGAAGAGCGCGAUGCUGCCCUAACGCACAGCAGAACCAUGAUGGACCGACUCAGCCUCUCACCUCGAGGAAGUGGCGGCCCCCCCAGCAAUGUGGAUGCUGCCGAACAAGAUCUUCCAUCGGGAGGCAACAGCAGCUGCACCAGUUCUCCCAGACGCAGCGAGAGGCGUCACCGUAGGUCCAGCGAUUAUUCACCCACGUCGGCAUCUGCGGGCGCUGCCUAUACCUCGGCCCCUCCAGCCUACACCCAGUGUAUGGCUGGCCAGGGAUUGGAGCAGAGGUCCCUUGGUGACAGAGAGGCCGCCACGCUGGCCCAGCUUGCCACCCUAGAGGAUGAACUACGCACUCUACGCCUGGCAACGACCAUCCACCACACUCUGCAUGAGGGCGGGGAAGGCAGUGCGGCAGGGAACGCACCGGGCGUCACUCGCAUCUCAGCUGAGUACAUGGAGGGCCUCUGUACACAGCUGCGAGAGAGUGAAGCCUCACGGUGGCAGCUGCACGACCAGUGUACGCGCCUGGAACGACUCGUGAAUGUUCUACGCAAGAAAGUGAAUGGGUUGAGCGUGGUGGAGCCCGGGGUGAGGCAAGAGGGGACCAAACUGACCCUGGUCGACCUCACCCUCCAUGGUCCUCCUGGUGAAGUUUCUCUUAACUCGGGGCAACGUAACCCUGCCGUCUCCACCUCCUCGGAGGGGGAACCCAAGGAUAGUCUGUCCUCUUUAGAAUCAGUGGAGACGGCAUCGGCCUCGUCGUGGAGGAGAGGAGAGCUGCCCAAUACCUCAAAUCAUUCCGCAACAAACUUACAUUCCAGUUACGUGUUGCAUCACUCUCCCAGCCCUCUGUCAACCCUCAGCAUCAACCAUGGUGGUCAUGGCAACCUCAUCCACUCCACCACAACGCCUGCCAACCCAUCCCAGUCAAUCCCCAUUCAUUCAAAUCACUCGAGCCUCUCUACGUCCUCCGGCCACACGCCCAACGCCUCCCCGCACCACCACCGACAACAGGGAGUGAGUGAGCGAGACCCCAGACAUAUCCCCGGGGUCACCAUCGUCGGGCCCAUUACUGAGCUCUGACUGACACGUAAACAUUUUAUCUAAUAUUUACUUGAUAUUCCUCUGUACCUUUAUGUUACAAAUAGGAGAACAUUCCCCUAUACAGUAAGUAGGAGAAUGUGUAAGAGUAAUUAUAUUUUCUUCUCAUCACUUGGGUUAGGUGAUUAAUAUUUUACAGUGUGGAAUUAACAGCUGUGUUCAUUAUUAUUAUUAUCAGAUGUUGGAAAAUGUCACAGUUUGUGUGCUGUAUAUUAUUAUUAUUAUUAUUAUAUUCUCACGUACUUGUCAGCAAAACUCGACGUCUCCGUCCUCCCGUCGUACUUAUACGUGUGAUAUACUUGCCUUGUAGCUCUUGGACUUGUCAGUUUCCUAGUAUGGUGCUUCGUGACCUUUAACAGAAGGUCGCAGUAUGUCGUAGCAUUUCUUCUCAACAGGGUGAUCAAAAUACUAUAGUAUCAUAAAGUGAGUGUUCCUUGCUAACUAACCCUAAGUUAACUGGUCUUUUUCUCUUGUCUGUGUCACUUCUUCAUCCUUUACACCUUCCUUCCUUUCUCUCACCUCUGUCACACUGUAGAUUAGAUAAAAGUAAUGUGUUCAGUAAUGCACAAGCCUAAGAAUGUUUCAGUUACAUCAAUUGUUUGGUGGUCCAGUCGAGCAGAACUUAACUAAUAACCAUAAUGGUCACUUAACAGAGUUGCCGCAUUUUCUCACAUGAUGGAGUCUUUGUUUACAAGCCAUGACUUGAACCCGUGUUAUGCUCUUGUAAUAUUCCUUUAAUAUGAGAAUAUCCCUAAAUUAUUGGACACUAUUAUCAUAUUUGUCAUCAUCUCUCGUGUAUAAACACUUUGUAUCACGAUAUAGAUUUGGGCUAAACUCAGUAACUCAGUUUCCUCAACAACUUAUGUCUUGAAGAUAAAAUGACCAGGGAGGGAGUCUGCUGCUGUAUUAUUUGGGUGAUGUGGGUGAGGUAGUAACAGACAGCCAGGUUAUGUGAGUGUUGUAUGCUCGUGUACCAUAAAUACAUCGUCACAGAACCGCAAACAACAACAUCAACAAAAGACGAGGGCCAAGGACAUCAACUAGGAUGCAGCACGUACAAUAGUGGGUAAAACACGUCGGAAGUUUAGGUCGAGUUUGGUGUGACGUCUCCCAUAUCACGCCUCGUCCGUUCUGUUCUACGACUCCCCGGUGUCUGCCCGAUAAUGAAUCUCAUAAGUUGUGCCUCUUAGUACAAAUGUGAAUCUCAUAAUACACAAUGAUGACAAUACUAUUAGAUUUGGGCCGGAGGGAAGUAGACAAUGGGAUGGCUGCCUUCAUGUUUGUGUUUGUGACCCGCUCUGCAACCAGUAGUACUUGAUAAAACAUCCAGAGUGUCGGAAUAAGGGUAGAUCUAAUGGGGUAGUUUGAUAAUGGAUGGGGCAGUUUAAUGGGUAGUUUGAUAUUGAAUGGGGCAAUUUAAUAAGGUAAAUUGAUAUUGAAUGGGGCAGCUUAAUAGGUAGUUUGAUAUUGAAUGGGGCAAUUUAAUAGGGUAGUUUGAUGUUGAAUGGGGCAGUUUGAGGAAGAUUGAUGUAGUUGUUACAAUAAUGUUAUAAAGGGUGAGAACAUAGACAACACUACAACCACCACAAUCACCUGUUGUUGUCCACUAGUGCCUUGUUGUGUCAGCUUGGUGGUACCUGACAACUGUAACUCCCUGUAAUGUACUCACUACAUACUCUAUACUGUCUCCUGUAACACACACUCACUACAUACUGUCUCCUGUAACACACACUCACUACAUACUCUUCUGACUGUCUCUUGUAACACACUCACAAUACAUUACUGACUGUCUUUUGUAACACACUCACUACACACACCACUGACUGUCUCUUGUAACACACUCACAAUACACUACUGACUGUCUUUUGUAACACACUCACUACACACACAACUGACUGUCUCUUGUAACACACUCACAAUACACUACUGACUGUCUUUUGUAACACACUCGCUACACACACAACUGACUGUCUCUUGUAACACACUCACAAUACACUACUGACUGUCUCCUAUGGUCAGUGUAGCUUCCCUGAUGACUUCAAACUACAAAUGCCAUAGUUGUUCUGCUCACUGGUGCUGGAGUCACUAUAAGUACUGACAUUCAUUCUUCUUAUUCAUCAUCUUGGGUCUUAUUAGGUAAUCUGUUAAGUGGUAAUUGAAGUAACUUAAAUUUUAAUGUUAAUUGUUAACAUAUUGUUACUUUAGUUACCGUGUUAAGUGUCACCUGGGACUGCUGUAAGUAAUUACUGAAACCUGUUGAAUGCAUAAGUGAUUUGAACCUUGUCACACACCUGUCCAACACACACAACUAAUAUGAACCUUGUCACACACCUGUCCAACACACACAGCUAAUAUGAACCUUGUCACACACCUGUCCAACACACACAACUAAUAUGAACCUUGUCACACACCUGUCCAACACA